AUGGGGAAUUUUGACCAGGACAGGUGGAGGUGGAACUUCAAGUGGCGAAGGAAUCUGCUUGAUUAUGAGAGUGAUCAAGCUGUGAAUUUUAUGGAGGAGAUCAAUUCCAUACACAUUCAGAGAUAUGUUAAAGAUGUCAUGUUAUGGAAAGCUGACCCUAGUGGGGUGUAUACCACUAAGUCUGCUUAUAAAUUACUGAUAACACCUUCUACACCAGCCUCGGAUAGGAGAACAUCACAAUUACUAUGGCAUAUGAAAAUUCCUCCAAAAGAUGCAGUUUUCACUUGGAAGCUUUUAAGAGACAGACUCCCCACUAGAGCUAAUCUCUCAAGGAGAGGGGUGAUCAUUCAGGAUAUUGCUUGUCCUUUAUGUGGUGAUGAACAAGAGGAGGUGGGGCAUCUAUUUUUCAAUUGCAAGAAGACAGUAGGGCUAUGGUGGGAGUCCAUGAGCUGGAUUCAGGCUAUGGGACCUCUCCCAGCUUCUCCAGUGGACCAUUUUCUUCAGUUUUGUGAUGGUUUUGGAGCAGAGAAAAAUCAUAGUACUUGCUGUGGAUGGUGGGUUGCUUUGACAAGUACUAUAUGGAAGCAUAGGAACUUCCUCAUUUUCCAGGACAAACCUUUCGAGCCACAGAAGGUCAUGGAAGAUGCUAUGUUCUCAAUUUGGUCUUAG